AUGGAGAAAGCAUUCACCUCUUUUCUCUUAACAUCUUUGUUGCUUCACUAUGUUAUGGCCAGUUCAGCGAUGACCAAAACCAACGUAACUACUGAUCAAUUGGCUCUUUUUUCUCUGAAAUCCCAAAUCGCUUCAGACCCCUUUCAUUUCUUGGAAGAAAGUUGGUCUUUCGCUACGUCCAUUUGCCAUUUGGUUGGAGUCACUUGUGGCUCUCGUCACAAACGUGGGAAUUCCUUGAAUCUUUCUAACAUGGCUCUUACGGGCAAGAUUCCCUGUGAUCUUGGAAACCUCACAUUUCUUGUUUCUCUCGACUUGGGAAGCAACAAUUUCCAUGGAAAUUUGCCUCAAGAAAUGACACACUUGCGUCGGCUUAAGUUUCUUGAUUUAAGUUUUAAUAGCUUCAGAGGGGAGAUUCCUUCUUGGUUUGGGUUUUUAUACCAACUUCAAGUUCUAAAUAUAGGAAAUAAUAGUUUCACUGGUCCCAUUCCUUCUUCAUUUUCUAAUAUUUCCAAACUUGAGAUUUUGAAUAUGAAAUACAAUUCCAUAGAGGGCCAAACACCUAAAGUGAUUGGAAGUCUCCUAAACCUUAGAGAAUUAAACUUAAGGGGUAACAAGCUCAUAGGUUCUAUUCCUCUGUCACUCUCAAAUGCCUCAAGGUUUGAGACUUUGGAGAUAUCUCAUAAUUCACUUCAAGGAAACAUUCCAGAAGGGAUCGGCAAUCUUCACAACAUGAAAGUGCUAUCCGUACAAUAA